AUGGAUUUUCAAAAUCGUGCCGGUUCCAAAUUCGGUGGAGGAGGCGUAGCCUCCCACUCCGCCACCAACGCUGACCGCCGCGAACGUCUGCGCAAACUCGCCCUCGAGCACAUCGACCUCGACAAAGACCCAUACUUUUUCAAAAACCACGUCGGCAGCUUCGAAUGCCGCCUCUGCCUCACCGUCCACCAAAAUGACGGCUCCUACCUCGCCCACACCCAGGGCCGCAAGCACCAGACCAAUCUCGCCCGGCGCGCGGCGCGCGAGCAAAAAGAAGGCAAGGCCGAGACCGACGGCUCCCUGCUCCCGGGCGCCAUGGGCGUGCAGGUCAAACGCAACACGGUCAAGAUCGGUCGGCCGGGGUACAAGAUCACCAAGAUCCGCGACCCGCUGACGAGGCAGCAUGGGCUGCUGUUUCAGCUUCAGUAUCAGGAAAUCACGCCCGGUGUGACGCCGCGCGUGCGGUUCAUGUCGGCGUUUGAGCAAAAGGUGGAUGAUCCGCCGGAUAAGAAUUUUCAGUAUCUGCUCGUGGCGGCGGAGCCGUAUCAAACGUGCGGGUUCAAGUUGCAGGCGAGGGAGGUGGAUCGGAGAGAGGGCAAGUUCUGGUCGUGGUUUGAUGAGGAUAGUAAGGAGUUUUGGGUGCAAAUAUUGUUUAAGACGGAGAGAGAGGAGCGGUAUUCUGGUGUGCCCGGUUUGGCGCCAAGUUUACCGAGGCGAUGA